AUGGACCACACACUCCACCUCCACGUCCCGUUCGAGUCCGCGCGCCUCGCUGAUAUCGCCGCGCGUGCGCUUGCUCCCGACCCGCUGCUGCGUCCGGAAGAGCUAUCCGUUUCCUUCGCAUCAGAUGGCGCGAGCCUGAACAUCAAGCUCGCUGCUAUCGACGCACGCGUGCUACGCGUGGCCACCAACAGCAUCUUCGAGGCGCUCAAGACUGUCGUGGAGACCGCCGAUGAGCUCGAUUUCUAA